UACAGAGGGCGGGGCAAAGAGAGAAAGAAGGAGCGAAGCCAUUGAGCUAUAUGACGCAUCGAGCAGAUGUUUAAGAACAACCUUGUUUUGGCGUAGUUGACGUUUGUUGUACACAUAAUUAUACGCAUAAUAAACCUUAGUCUUCUUUAGAGAGAGCGCAAGUGGCGUUUAUUUAGCAGUUUAAAGCCCGCAACGCAAACAACGGCGAAGGUUUGACGGUGAGCUAACAAUACAGUUAGCGUAAACACCAGCUUUACAGUUACUGGUCAAAAUGAGAGGCGGUUCUUCCUAUGGAGAUAGAGACCGAGACCGUGGAAGGGACAGGCCAAGAUUUGGGACCAUGGGCAGUCGCGGUGGAGCACCACCAAUGAAGUUUGGGAAUCCAGGCGAGCGACUUCGCAAGAAGAGGUGGAACCUGGAUGAGCUGCCAAAAUUUGAGAAGAACUUCUACUCUGAACACCCUGAGGUCCAGUGCAUGAGUCAGUAUGACGUGGAAGAGUUUCGUAGAAAGAAGGAGAUCACCAUCAGAGGCUCUGGUUGUCCGAAUGCAGUCACAGCUUUUCACCACGCCCACUUCCCUCAAUAUGUGAUGGAUGUGCUGGUUCAGCAGAACUUUAAGGAGCCCACAGCGAUCCAGGCUCAGGGUUUCCCUGUGGCUCUGAGUGGCAAGGAUAUGGUGGGCAUUGCACAGACUGGCUCUGGAAAGACCCUGGCUUAUCUUCUUCCUGCCAUUGUUCACAUCAAUCAUCAGCCCUACCUAGAGAGGGGAGAUGGCCCAAUCUGUCUGGUGCUAGCCCCCACUAGGGAACUUGCUCAGCAGGUUCAACAAGUUGCUUAUGACUAUGGCAAGUCUUCCCGAAUCAAAAGUACAUGUGUCUAUGGUGGAGCACCCAAAGGACCACAGAUUCGAGACCUUGAGAGGGGCGUUGAAAUCUGCAUUGCCACACCUGGUCGCCUCAUUGAUUUCUUGGAGGGAGGGAAGACUAACCUGAGGCGCUGCACCUAUCUAGUGUUGGAUGAGGCUGACCGCAUGUUGGACAUGGGCUUUGAGCCACAGAUUCGCAAGAUAGUUGAGCAGAUCAGGCCUGAUAGACAGACUUUGAUGUGGAGCGCAACCUGGCCAAAGGAGGUUCGGCAGCUAGCAGAGGACUUCUUGAAGGAAUACAUCCAGAUUAAUAUUGGUGCUUUGGAGCUCAGCGCUAACCACAAUAUCCUGCAGAUUGUGGAUGUUUGCAUGGACAACGAGAAGGACAACAAAUUGAUUCAGUUAAUGGAGGAAAUUAUGGCUGAAAAAGAAAACAAAACCAUCAUCUUUGUGGAGACAAAGAAACGAUGUGAUGAUCUCACAAGAAGGAUGAGACGUGACGGGUGGCCAGCAAUGUGUAUCCAUGGAGAUAAGAGCCAACCAGAAAGAGACUGGGUACUCACGGAGUUUCGGAGUGGCAAAGCUCCUAUACUGAUUGCUACAGACGUUGCCUCUCGUGGUCUGGAUGUGGAGGACGUCAAGUUUGUCAUCAACUAUGACUAUCCCAGCUGCUCUGAGGAUUAUGUUCAUCGUAUUGGACGUACAGCUCGCAGUACCAACAAGGGCACUGCGUACACCUUCUUCACCCCAGGAAACAUGCGUCAGGCCCGUGACCUCGUCCGGGUGUUGGAGGAAGCCCGUCAGGCCAUCAAUCCUAAACUGCUUCAGCUGGUGGACUCAGGCCGCAAUAGUGGAAGCGGCGGCAGAAUGCGUUACCGUGGCAGCAGCUCCAACAACCCUAACCUGAUGUACCAGGAUGAAUGUGACCGACGCAUGCGCUCGGGUGGCGGCGGAGUAGGCAGCAAAGACAGCCGCAGCGGGUUCAGCCGCAACAGCCGGGACGGGGACCGCUCCACCUCCUCUUCCUCCUACAGGGACAGAAGUCGGGAUCAUAGGAACAGCUUCAGCUCUGAUUCAGACCAGUAUCCGAACUACAGCAACAGUGGGGGCUACAACGCUCACAGCGGGGGCCAGUCAGGUAGUGUGGGAGUUCAGGAUCAGCCGAACCAAGCGCAAGGUCAGUUUGUCCAGCCUCAGCCUCCUCCUCCUGCAGCAGCCGGUCCACAGCCUCUGAUGGCUCAGCAGUUUCCUCCACAACCCUCCCUCAUGGGCUUCAUGGGGCAGCCACCUUAUGCUUUUGUUUCUCCACCCCCUCCUCCCCCAGGCCCCCCAGCAACCCGGAAAUAGAAAAUGGCAAGAAAAAGCUCUGUCCAACAAAGGAAUCUUUUGUAUUUUUAAUACAAUCACUGUGUAUUUUAAACGUUCCUAUGCAAAAGGAAACAGGGAAAUCUUACCCAUGUAAAAUCGCUUGAUACAGAUUGUCACCAGCAUCUCAUACUAUUGCUCUCGAUUAUGUGCCAUGGAGGAUGAGGUUUGUUCUCAUUUCAAAUGCUGAGGAAGUAGAUCUGAUUUGUUGUCCCUUCUCUAGUUAAAACUGGUUCAGGUUUGGCUUGAAUAAAAAUUAGAAUGUGCUGAAGUCUUGGUGAAAGUGUUUUACAAUAGUCACCCUAUAGAUAUCAUCACAUUCCAGUCUUGUCUUGAUUUAGCUUUCGUUUGUCAUUUUAGUGGCCUCCACAUCAUUUAACUUGACUUAGUUCUGUUGUAAAAAGACUGGCUAUAUAUUUCAAUCAAUAUGCAGAUUAUCUUUUUUUUGGCUUGUAUUACUCUAAAUGUUGAAGCGAUGUAUCUCAACUUGGGUAAAAAAAUAUUAGUACAGUAGUUUGUUGUAUAACACACAAGAUUAAAUGUUAAUGCAUGUCUAUCGAUUACCCAGUCUUGUAACAAGUUAAAAUUUGUAUCUCAAAUUUUUUAAAGCAGUCUUUUCUUUCUCGUCACAGAUUUGUACCAUUUUCUUUUUACAGUUUUUAAUAAAUAAAUGAGCAAUUCUAAUCUGUA